AUUUGGGUCGAACAUGGAACUGAGAGCGCCGUUGCUGCUGCCAACAUCGCAGCCGCUUCGCCAUGGCGAAGACGAUAUGAAAGCCCAUCUGCAGAGAGAUGGAGAACAGCGCAAGAACACAUGGAUCGACAGCAUGUUUAUCGUGGUCGCCAACGUCGUCGGCAUCGGUGUUUUGGGCCUCGCUCACGCCUUUUCCAAGCUCGGAUGGAUAUGGGGCGCCCUGCUUCUUGUAUCUACGCUGGCAGGCUCUCUCUACAGCGGCAUCCUCAUGACUCGCAUGAAAUGCCACGUUCCCCACGCGGUCGUAUUCGCCGACCUUGGUUACGAAGCGUACGGCAACCUCGGGAAAGCCUUCGUCACUCUCUUUGGGUACACAUACAUCAUCGGGACCUGUUUUUCGUUCCAGUUGACUGCAUCGCUGUUCCUUCAAGAAAUGAUUAACGGACUUUGCUUCGUCUACUGCGCCCUCAUGGUGGCCGCGCUUGUUCUCCCUUUGGCGCAGUAUCGCAGUUUCACCGAGAUGAACUCGAUCGCGGUGGUCGGCGCAGUGUCCAUGAUCGUCCCAAUCCUAGUCAUCCUUGUCGAGAUCGCGUGGCGCGGGAAUGUCCAGCCGACAACGACGUCGUGGGUGUCGAAUGCAACUUUCGACGCCGCCGUCGUCGCUUGCAUGGAUGUGGUGUUUGCAAUGUCUGGCCACGUCUUUUUUGUAGAAAUCAUGUCGGAAAUGCGCGAUCCACGCGAAUUUUCCAAGUCGAUCGUUGCCGCCACAUCCUUCUUCACGGUCGUGUACAUCCCGAUGGCCGUCGUGGGCUACUACUUUGUCGGUGAAGUCGUGACAAAUCCCAUCACGAACAACAUGGCGAACUUGACGAUGCGCCGGUGGUGCUCGAUCUUCAUCUUGUGCCACAUUGUGGUUGCUUAUGUGAUGGCGGUCAUGGUGCUCGCGCGGGCAGUCGAGCAGCGGGUGCUCCACCGAUCACACGAAAAGAGCAAGCACGCGUCCGUCGCGAAUCGAACGGCGUGGCUUGGAAUCACUGGUUCGAUUGUGUGUACGAGUUUCCUCGUCUCGAACGUCGUGCCGUUCAUCAAUGACCUCCUCGGGUUUGUUGGGGCCAUCAGCGGUGUCACCACGACAUAUGUGUUUCCGUUCCUCCUUGCUCCUGUGAUUCUCCGAGACGAAAUGACGCGGGGGCAUGCGCGCGUCCUGCACGGCGUUGCAGUUGCGAGUACCGUUGUUGCCAUCGUCGGGGUGAUCAGCUCCGUCCAUCGCAUGGCAAACUCAUACGAGACAAAGGCCCCGUUCUCCUGUUAAACACUAUUUUCGGACACCAUUUGUCCAUAUAUUCUACGUGGAGGGAGUGUCAUGCCUCAUGGACGUCGACGGUCGGAGGUGCGAGGACACAUGCGAGAUCGAACUAAACUCGUCGUGGAAACUUGCGUGGUCGCGGGGUUGCUUCGCCAACGCUCGUUUGGGCUGCUGGUGUCUCUGUGCAGCUUCUCGGCGAUGGUACUCGUCAAUUUCUUCCUCGAGAUCUUCCUUCACAUCGAGCCGCGUCGGUUCCCGUCGCAGCAUCUCCCGCAGUUCCUCGACGAUCGCUGUGUUCGGG